AUGGAAAUAUCUAAUAUAUGCAUCGGCGAAUUUCCGUUAUUGUUUUCCUCUGCUGGCAUAUGCAAAGAUUCUUCAGGGAAAUUUAAUAAAUUCUCGGAACUACUUCGCUUACUUAACGAGGAAGCAAACGAGGUACAGGAGGAGAUCGAUGGUGCCAACAUUGAAAUAAAACGGUGGUUGGAAAGGGAUCUUUCGGCCGAAUCCGUAAACUAUUAUUCGAAGGGAAUAACUGAGUUAUACCCCACUGAAACUUCUCCCGAGUGUCAAGGAUUUGAUAUCACUUACCGAGAAAGAUAUUUCAUCGGACGUCAAUUUGUUUCCGGGCGCAAAAAAUGCCACGAAAAAAUGCAGGAAUGUUUAGAAAUGUGCGAUGAAUCCAAUCGUUCGCUGAGAAAUUCUGUCACGAAAACAGGCAACGUUAUAAAACUCGCUAAAAAUUUGCUCGUCAAAUUUAAUUCAUUGGCCGAGAAAAACGACGAUAAUUUGGAAUCAACUGCCAACAGAGUCAUACGAGCGCAAACGGUUAAUAUUCUCAACAGUAUCAAUGACCGAUUAGAGAAAUACCGGGAAGAUAUCAACGCAAAUAGGAAGAAGAUCACCGCAUGUCGCGAGUUGCUCGAUGCGACUGAAGUACAAUUUAAUAGGAUAAGAUUGGGGAGGGCUCCAGCUUAUGGAGAACAAGUACAAAACUGCGAUCUAUGCGGAAAACCAUACGUUUAUAUAAAAUGGUGCAAGUCGUGUGAUCGUAACCGAUUUAGAGGGCAGUUUUCGAAAUGGACCAGUGGUGAGGAUAUCAUUGACAAGUUUAUACGCGAAACGCAAACUUCUAUCAAUCACCCGAAUUGCUAUGCCGAAUGGAUUCCCUAUGAACAGUUUACAAAUAUCCAAUUUAUUGGAAAAGGUGGAUUCGCAACUGUUUAUUCGGCAACGUGGGUUAAUGGACUGGGCAUUUGGGAUUAUGCUCUUGGAAAAAGAGUCCGACACCCAAACACACCCGUAGUUCUGAAGUAUCUAGCCGGUUCACAGCAACGCAUAGACACCAAUUUUUUUAAAGAAAUUACCGCAUAUAUGAAAAUUUUAUCUAGCAGAGUUCUUCACUGCUACGGUAUUUCUAGAGAUCCUGAGACCAAAGACUAUAUCAUGAUAUUGCCUUAUGCUCACGGAGGCAAUUUGUUGGAUUACUUGAAAAAAAGGUGGACGAAGCUGAAAUGGAAAAACAAGUUGGAUAUCCUCCGACACAUGACCUAUGGAAUAGUUGACAUCCAUAUGCCAUUUUCCGAUCGCAAAUGUGAUGUUGAGCUUGGAAUCGACAUAUGCGAAGGCGUGCGCCCAGAAAUUGUUAGGAACACGCCGCCGGUAUAUGCAGAAUUGAUGCAGAGAUGUUGGAGUGGUGAUAAGGAUGCACGACCCACUUCCGAGGAAAUAUAUGAUAAAGUUAAGAGAUGGCUUUCAGAAAUGGAGGAUCUGUCAUCGGAAAUUGCAAAACAGUUUGUAGAUAAUUCUACAGUUCCAGACGAUGAUAUUGUCAUUAACGGAGAUUCCAAGUGUACAAGUCGAAAUCUUAGUGGUAUCACCAAAAGUUUGAAAAGUUAUUACGAACAGAAAGCCCGUGAAUCAACAGAAGAUUUUAAUGACACCUUUGAUUCAUUGAACUCUUUUGACUCAAGUUCGGCAGACUCACAUUCAGCAGACUCACAUUCAGCAGACUCGAAAUCAGCAGACUCGAAAUCAGCAGACUCACGUUCAACAGACGCAGAGGAGUCGCAAUCAAGUUUAGGAGACUUUGAAGUUGACAUUGGGAAUAGAGAAAAAAAGAACAUCGAUUACUUUGAUGAACUCGGGGGCGAUAACGAUGAUGACGCGUCUAAUAGUGAUGAUAUUUGGAAUAGCGUUCAAGAGCGUGAUUUUAUUUCCUGGCUGACCAAAUUUAACAUUCUCGGAGAUUACUCUAAAUCAGAUAUAGGAGUACUUUUUAAAGGCUAA